UCCUCCACUUCUGUGCUUCUCUUUCCCCCACCACUCCGUCUCUCCUCCCCUGCAGUCGGAAGUGUUCUUCCUUCCUACCUUCACCAUCACCUUCAGGAAGCUCUUAAUGCAGCUUUUCUUUGCAGGCAUAAGUGCUUCUGAGUCUUCCACCUGUAGAUCUUAGUAGCUUUGUAGGCAUAAGUUCAGCUGGCUUGCUUUCUUCUCAUCAUUCCUUAGCGAGACGUUUAUAAAAGCUUUCAGAUCAUGUAAGAUUUGUUUCUUUCAGUGCAGAAUUCAAGCCCCAAAAAAAACACAAAAAAAUAGUCGUAGUAGUAAUAGUAGGGUUUCAUCUUAUGAUAUCUGAGUGAAACUGCAUCUGCUGUAUCAAAUCCUGGCUAGAAUUCCUCCAUUCUCAUAGCAAAAGCUUUAUAAAAGCAAUCAGAUCAUGUAACUUCGUCCCUUCUUAAUUACUCUUCCCUCCAAAAAAUAAAAAAAAAGACCAAAAAUACACUGAAACCGAAGCCUUUGGCAAUGCCGGAGCCGGAGACGCCGAACGUGUCGGCCCCGGCGACGCCGGGCACGCCGGGCGCGCCGCUCUUCAACUCGCUCCGAGUUGACUCGCUGUCUUACGACCGGAAGUCGAUGCCGAGGUGCAACAGGUGCCUCCCGUUGGAGUCGUGGGCCUCCUCCCCCCACACGUGCUUCGUCGAGCUCCCCAAGCCCGACGUCUCCCUCACCCGCAAGCUGGGAGCAGAAUUUGUGGGGACAUUCAUCCUCAUAUUUGGCGCCACGGCAGCACCGAUCGUGAACCAGAAGUACAACGGCGCCGAGACCCUCAUCGGCAACGCCGCCUGCGCCGGCCUGGCGGUCAUGAUCGUCAUCCUGUCCACAGGCCACAUCUCCGGCGCCCACCUCAACCCGUCCCUCACCAUCGCCUUCGCGAUGCUGCGCCACUUCCCCUGGGCCCACGUCCCCGCCUACAUCCUCGCCCAGGUCUCCGCCUCCAUCUGCGCCUCCUUCGCCCUCAAGGCCGUCUUCCACCCCUUCCUCUCCGGCGGCGUCACCGUGCCCUCCGUCAGCUCCCCCCAGGCCUUCUUCAUCGAGUUCCUCAUCACCUUCAACCUCCUCUUCGUCGUCACCGCCGUCGCCACCGACACUCGUGCCGUGGGGGAAUUGGCAGGAAUCGCGGUGGGGGCCACGGUCAUGCUUAACAUUCUGGUGGCCGGGCCAUCGAGCGGGGGAUCGAUGAACCCGGUUCGGACGCUUGGGCCGGCGGUAGCGGCCGGCAAUUACGAGCGGAUUUGGAUAUAUCUGGUGGCGCCGACGGCCGGGGCAGUCACGGGAGCCGCCGUUUACACGGCCGUCAAGCUCAAGGAGGAGGACGGCGAGAUGCCACGGCAAGUUAGGAGCUUCCGCCGUUAAAUGUUGGCACUCGCAGACCUGCGAUAAUAAAUAUUAUUAAGGUAUGAAGUAAUCUGUCUUUGCUUGAUGUAUGCUUAAGUGGACGUGACAUGAAGUCCACGAAUACUGUGUGUUGGUGUGUCCUUAAGACUUCGUGUGGCUGUGAGGAGUGCUUGGAAUAAAGUGGGCAGUAUAUGCGCCCUGUAAUAAUUGUCGUGUUUGAACUUCUAAGUUAGUAUUUGUAUUUUGGUA